UUUAAGUUUUUCAUCUGUGUCAAACCAGUUUUUCAUCUGUGUCAAAGUGGUUUUUCAUUUGUGUCAACUUGGUUUUUCACAUGUGUUAAGUUGUUUGGGUGUAAUUUUUUUUAAAGCUUUUCAUUUGUCAAAGCAGUAUGUUGAGUUCCUCAUGGUCUGUUGUGUGACACGUCUUGUGUUGUUCUUCUUUCCGAUCCCCAUAGAAACAGCGUGCAACACAAACUAAAGAACAAAAACAAUCAAAUGAAGGUCAAAUACACUCCUAUGGAAAUUGGAGACUACACAAUAACCCUGAAGUAUGGAGAGCAAGAGCUCACUGGAAGCCCCUUCGUUGCCAAGGCAUACAACACAGCAGCCAUCAAGGUCACUGAUAUCCCUGAUGGAGUCGUCUGCCAGCCUAUUGAAUUUGGAAUUGAUGUAAGGAAGGCCGGGGAGGGCCAGCUGGAGAUCAUGGUGAACAGCGGCACCCUGCCCAACACGGUAGAGUCCCAGGAGACCGGUGUGUACAAGAUGAGCUUUACACCGGAGGAGGCGGGCCAGCAGAAAGUGGAGAUCAUCUUUAACCAGGAGCAACAUCCAGAUUCUCCAUUUACUUGCAAUGCUGUGAGUCUUACAGCAGUUCAAGUAAGAAGCUUCGAAUUGCAACUUCCUGUAGACAAGUCUGCCAGUUUCUACCUAGAUUCGGAAAGAGCAUUGGAUGUCAAUGUUGAUAUAAUUUCACCAACCGGUGACAAUGUCAAGGCAAAGGUUUCGUCCCAGGGUAGCGGAUACAAGGUAGAAUGGAAGCCUAAGGUAGCAGGUCGCCACAUAAUCAACAUUCAGUAUGGCGGUAUGCAAAUCCCCGGCAGUCCAUUCUAUGUGGAUGUGUUUGAUCUGGCUUCAAUCAGGGUAGACAACUUUAGGCAAGGAACUGUGGGAGAUGAGGCAGGAUUCAGUGGUGAGUUACUUCCCUUCGAAUGA